CCUCGCAAGUAUAAGGUCCUGAGUUCAAUCCCUGGUACCAAAAAAAAAAUAAGAAUCAAAAGUGUUUCAAGGAAGGUGCACACUUGUCCCCGGGGAAAAUAUAUGUCCUCCUGAGUGCCAGGAGAAGCUGCCUGAGCUGGAGUGACCCUGGGGAUAUGCUCAGACACAUGCCUAGGGAUGUGCCUGUGGAAGGCUGGGCAUGGAACAUGGCUCCACCCCACCUUUACCCAUCCUCACCCAUGCUUCCUGUGCUGCUCCCCAGUUGGAAGAACUUAGAAUUUUGUGUCAUUGUAUGUGGAAGGACAUAUUUGGUUAGUUGUCUUUGUAUAAAUUUUUAUGAGUGUAGGUUUGCAAUAACUAGUGAAUAUUUUUCUCUGGGUUCUUCUCCCUUUCCACUUCCCCUCUAUCCUGUCCCCACCUCCCCUCAGUCGCCUUCCCAUCUCCACAGAUUCUAUCUCCAAAUUAAGACACAAUUUUUACAAAGUCAUUCUUCUGGUAAUCACUUAAGCUCACCCAUGUCCCAAUGCCACCCCAUGACCCAGAGCUCUGGGGGUGAAGGGAACUUGGAGAGCUGGGGCCUGGCAGUUCACUUCCUAUAUCAUAGUUUGGGUGGCAGGGGUGCAGUAGGAUAGUGAGCUUGGGCAUGGGUGAAGUGGCUAUGUGCCCAGAGUGCUAUGCCCCUGGCCUGGCCUCCUGCCCAGCAGGAUGUGCCCUCACUGUGGCAUGGAGAAAGGGUGGUUCUCGUGGCCUUAUGAGGGUCACAUGAGUGCAGGUUUUGUCCAGCUCUCAAUUGUGCUGGACAUGGUACUUCAAACUGAACAGAGAAGAGAUGGGAUGUCGGGGGGCAGGUGGACCUAUGUAGGGUAGAAGGGCGGGCUGCUGGAGGUGGUGGGAUGAGAUGACAGUAGGGAAAUGGUGGUCACAGUAAGGGCUGGCGGCUGUCCUGAUCUCCACUGCGGGUGUUACCUCCUGGAGAACUCAGUGCCCUAAGGGCCAGUAAAAGCUUCAGGCUGUCAUAGUCACCACUGUGAUACCUGAGACUGAGAUCUGUUGGCUACCGCAGUCUGUGAGCUCUUGGUCUGACAUCCUUUGGGGACCUUUCAAUUCCCCAAGGACACUGAACACAUCCGCCUGAUGGGACUACGUUGGGCCCUGUUGGUGGCAAGCAACUGAUUGAGGGCUGGCUCUCUGCUGCCUUGUGAACUGCUCAGGGAGGCCUGUGGUACCCAGUGGAUGACACUCCAGGGACCCUGCUCCUCCAGCCCUGGAAGUGGACCUGGUCCAGCAGCACAGGACCUGGAGCCUGGGCAGUGGGCCGCACCUGCCCUGUAAAAGGCAGGGUGAGGAGUUCCAUAGCUUGGCAGCAGCUAUGGGGGUAGGGGUGGGGUGUGCUUCCAUGGUGAUGUCAGAGCCAGCAUCUUUAAAUCUGUGCGCCUAGGUCGGUGAGUUGCUCCAGGUAUAGCCAGAUUGACCAUGCUCAAGGAGCUCAGAACUUCACUUCUGCUCUUCUGCCUGACAGGCAGAUACAAAUUGCCUCAGGGCCUUGAAUAGUUUAAAGUUCUUACUUCCUUGAGGCAUGAAUGAGUCAUGGUUGAACCUGCCUAGGGCCCUCGGACCUGCAUGGGGUCAAGGCUAAAUUUGCACUCUGCUUCUGAAUCCUGGUGGAUAUGUGGCUCACAUGUAAGGCAGGGUGAGUGUUCCUUCAUUCAUACUGAAAACAAAAUCCCAAAGAUGAGAGACUCAUUUUUAUGCCACAGAGGUGAGGGGAGUGAGUUGGAGGUGUGAUAGCCUCAGUUGGGGACAGCCUAUUCCUUCUGUGUCUUGGCCCAGGAGGCCUGGCUUGUAUUCCCACCUCCUCUGAUUUUAUUUGGUCUGUGCAGCAGGCCUGUGGAUCUGUGACCCAGAUUUUAAAUGAUUAAACUCUGCUCGGUGGCAUGAUUGGUGGCGUGGUCCCAGACCACAGUGAGGACGUUAGGGUCAAAAGCCAGUGCUUUGCCUGCACCCCAGAAGUUUCUCAAAGGACCAUUCUUGGCAAUGAAGAUAUGUUUUGGUUGCAUUUGAAAAGUUAAAUAUUGAAAGGAGAUUAUAGUACUAAACAAUCCCUGACAUGCUGUGAUUGCUGGUGGUCUGGGACUUUCCCUUGUUUACCUUCAUUUUUUUCUGGUACUACGAAGUGACACCAUCUUUGCUCAGAAAUUGUUGCCUUCUGUGUAAUUUAUUGAAAGCACAAAUUUUCAAGAUUUCAGCUGUAGCAUGGAGCCCUGCUUAGAAAAACAAGCCCUGAGAAAGUCCUUUCAGCUGCCACCCCAAUCUGGCAUGCUGUGACGUGCGCCCCUCAUUGUGCUGGGGAUAUAUAUUGCUAUUUGUGUAAUUCCACCUACCUCUAAAAUGCCGCAAAAGAAAAGAAUUGAGCAUUAGUUCCACUUGCUAAAAUGCUAAUGAGCUCAUUUAAAAUGGCAAUCCUUUGGGCCUUAGCGGUGGGUAUUUUGCAUUCUCCUCCAUGAAUCCUGUAUUUUGCCUGUUUGGGUAUUUAAUGGUCAGCUUAAUUAAUUGCCUUUGUGGGCACCCGUUCUUGGCACAGCCCUGCAACAAGAGUCAACAUGUAUUUAUCAGCACAGCCCCAGAAUGGCCUCUCCUUUCAGUGUCUCUCAGUUUUGAAGUUGAGUACAAUUGGGUGUUUAUAGAAAGGCUCUCAUAAUAGAGCCUUGGUUUGGACAGAGUGACUUCUGUUUGAGCAGAGAGUGUGCUGAGACGUCACUGCAGAUGUGUACCCCUGUGCCAGACACCAGGCGAGUUCGUUUGCUGCUGGUGCUUGGGAGGCACAGGUCUCUGAUCCAUCCUGGCUUGGGGACAGUGACCAGUAGCAACCUUCUGAGCAGGAAGCACAAGUAAAAGGCGGUCUGGUGAGCAGGUUGCUGAUGUGGGCUGCCAAGAUGUCCUGUCCUGUGAGCUGGAACCUGGCGUCACUCCGAGGAUGUGCUGUGUGUCCAGUGUGGUGGACUUUGGAAUAGGGAGCUCAUCUGGAAUCCCAUGAACACCUAGAGAGCCUUUUCUGACUGGUGGCAGAGGAAAAGGGAGAGGAUUCUAGUCCAAGCAGCCAGAGGUGGGGAAGCUCCUGUGAUGGGACAAACUCAGAGCUAAUAGGUGGACCGGGCCUCUAUGCUGAAACUGCAGGGACUGUGCUCUACCAACGUCCUGAGUAUGGCAGUGAACUGUGCCCAGCACCCCAGGAGAGGGAGACCCUGAGCAGAGAAGCUGGCACACUGUGUUUGACUCCUGGCCCCUGGAUUCUGUGCCAUGGUGGAUAUAUGUAGUUUUAAGCCACUAAGUUUGUGUGAAUUGUGACACAGCCACAGCAAUCCCAGGUAGGAUACAGAUGCUCCUCACAUAGAGGGGAACCUCCUUGUCUUGGAGCUCCAUGUGGACACCACCUUCUGCUGCUGCUCCUACGAUGCCUUGUUUCCUUUGGAGAAUUAUUCAGCAGUGACUUGGGCUUGCAAUGACCAUGAUCCAUGGCUGGGAGUCCUCCAUCAUCAUCGGCUCUGGUGUCUGCCUUCUCUCACACUUCUGUCACGCCAUCCAACCAGGACAUCUGCAGUUCCAGCGCAGUGUACUCUGAGUUCUGUCACCACAGUGCUGUGCAGUCUGCUGUUUUCUUGAAAGCUCCUUCCUGCCAGAGUUCUUUGACACCAGGGCUCACUGUGACAGUUGUUUGUAAAGACACACUGCAGGUGACCAAGAGAAACCCCUCAGGUCUGGAAUGGGCUGAGGCCUGGAAGCCUGCCAAUAGCACCAGGGCUAGAAGAGCCCUGAAGUUCUCCAAGUCCCUGAGCGAUGUGGGGGUGAAGGACCAAGACAGCCUGGAUAGUGCCUGCUUUGUGGAGAGAACCAGCUCGGAGGGGAAGCUGGCUCUGCCCCAAGACCCCAGUCUCAGAACCAGCAGGUUCCUCCUCAAGGAGCAGAAAGUGCUGAACCGUGCUCCUAUUGUCCACUCCAAAUAUGUGUGCAUCCCAUCCCUUGCUGUGCCCCGGCCAGCUGCCUGGGAGGUGGACACUGGCAGGAGGAGUGACCAUGGACCCUCCUGGGAGGAGAAGGCAGAUGGUGAGGUGACAACGUCUGGGAGCCGGCGCCUGCUUCGCUACCUGCUCUCACUGUCCCAGGGCUCAAGCACCAGCAGCCUGCACCGGUUCCAUGAGCUAGAGGUCCAUGCUGCCCACCUGCAUGCCACCCCCUCCUCCAGUGGGCUGGCAGGGAGCAUGGGCUUCUGCUCCGAUGAGAUGGGCGAUGACGAUGUCUUUGAGGAUAGCACAUCCACUAGGCUGAAGAGCAGGGUCCUACGGGCACCCUUGUGCUCCAUGGAGAAGGACAGCGACCUGGAUUGCCCCUCACCCCAGUCUGAAAGGCUGCCACCAGCCUCCCCUGUGUCUACCUCUGGGGACUCCUGCAGAAUCUGCCACUGCGAGGGUGAUGAUGAGAGCCCCCUGAUCACACCGUGCCACUGCACGGGCAGCCUGCACUUUGUGCACCAGGCCUGUCUGCAGCAGUGGAUCAAGAGCUCUGAUGCGCGCUGCUGCGAGCUGUGCAAGUAUGAGUUCGUCAUGGAGACCCGGCUGAAGCCGCUGCGGAAGGUAUGGAGGGCCCAGCCCACCCCAGUCCUCCCCAAGGGUGUAACUGUGCAUCUGGCCACCCCCACCAGGACCGACUCUCAGAGCCCAGUGUCUUCCCCCAGCACUCAGCCUGGAACAGCACGAUGUGUCCAUCUACACCAGGACAAGAAUUUGCUGGGGAUAGGGGCAAAACUGUUCAUCCAGAUGCUGGUAAUAAUCUCUUUGUGUGCCCAGAAUGGUCACAUUGAAAAAAAUAGAAUGCCCUACCUCAGAGCAUUUAAUAGCCACUUGCCAGGACUCACCAGAUGGAGUAGCAGCCUACGGCAAGGCCAGUGCAGUGGGUUAGAGGUGACCAUGUGGGCCUCCGGAAUGGGAAGAGCCCUAUCUGGGCCCGAGUGGGGCAGGGCAGACAUGCUUGGCUUUGGGUGGCUCUGGAAGGAGCAUGGGCCCUGCAGGCAAAGUGAAGGAGUUAAGAGAAGGCAGGUGUCUAUAAAGAGCUUUGCCAGCCGUGUGGGGAGGUCUGAUCUCAGGGUGAGCCCUUGGCUGGGUCCUGGGGAGUAGCAUGAUGCAGAACAGCUUGUGUCUGGGGAGGAAGCCAGGGAUCAUGUUGGGGUAAGCAUGCAGGAAUUAGCAGUGCUGGAGAACAUGAGCACAGACAGAGGCUCUGUCUCAGGAAAGAUGUGAAAUGUAUCAGGUACCUGCUCUGGGAUGGCUCUCAGGUACGAGUUUAUCAGGAUGAUCCAGGUAAUCAGCUCAUCUGCAUAGAACAUCUGGACGUGCGCCGUGGCUGGUGUCAGCCAGAGGUUUGCAGAGUGCACACACUGUGUUCUCUUCACUUUUCUAUGUUUUCUUUUGGCUGAGAAACAGUAAAAAGAAACUCCCCUACAUGGAAUCCGAAAUGGCUCCUUGCAGAGUUGGCUUCACCAGGAACUCAGCUUGGUUUCCAACUGUGCUGCUGGGGCUGUAGAGGACCAGUGAAGGCCUCUGCAUCUCACCCACCUGUCUGUGACACUUGGUGCACCUGUGAGACUUGAAAUGCAGUUCUGGGUCGGGACCAAGGUCAAAGUCUUGUGUCUUUUGAGCUGCCAAGUGUUGGAGUGGGAGGAACAGGUGGCUCACUGCUGGCCUCAUAAUCCUGGGGUUCCAGCACACAGGGCCUUGGUAGUGCUUGGUCCCACCUGCAGCGAGUGGUUUGCAAGGACAUCUGUGGGGGCUGGGCAAAUUCACCCAGUUGGGGCAGUUGUUACCAAACUGUCCCACCACCCCAGGCAGCCCUGCCCUCUCACCCCAGGCUUACACUCCGCAUGCUGUCU